CGGGAUGUCUCCCGUUGACCACCACAACUCUUCGUGUCCACAGUCGCAAAACUACAACCAACCGAGGACAGCUUUCGACGGGGCAUCAAAGGUGGAUAGUCAUGUGCUGAUAGGAUGGUGCGUUGCACAGCCGUUCCGUUCGGAUGGAAAGAUCUGAACAUUGGACCAUUUCCCACGUCUAACUCAAUGCCAGCUUGUCUGGGAGAACAACGGAGGGGGCGGAAAGGCGGGUUCGAGAAAUUGACUUUAUGAUGUGGAAGACGGCGGGACCCUGAUCAGCUGGGCGGGGAAUAGGAAGGUGGUGUGGUCACGGCGGCUGCAAACGAAGUUGGGCAUGCGCAUGCAUCCGUUCUCCAGGUGUCGUCCGAUGUUAAUUGGGACCGGUCGGCAUCUUCUGUUCUUGCAUCCGUCCACCAACACCCCCGCUACCUAGACAUGCGUUUCACCUUCAAGCAUCCAUGGAUACACCUCACCCCCGCGCUAUCUGCCAUCGCACUUGACGAUAUCCUCUCGGGCAACACUUGCCAGCCAAUCGGCCUGGCCGACUUCGAGUCAUAUCUAGAGCAUAAGGAACACUCCGUCGAGAAUCUGCGCUUUGUGGUAUGGUAUCAGUCGUACCGCCGCCGGUUCUUUGCUCUGCCGCCGGCAAAGCAGAAGCUCAGCCCUGGCUCGCGCCAGUUCAGCUUUGCGCUUCCGACACCUGCACGCACCGCCCAGCACAUCUCGCGGAUGUCGAGCAGGGCGACAACCCUCGUAUAUGAUGAGCCGCUAACGCCUAAUUCAGCACUGCAUUCUCCCACAACAUCGACCUCUCCCACCCUGUCGCGCACCUCCUCCGUUCCGCUGACCGCAUCAUCAUCCAUCCCCUCGCGCGCGUACAUGCACACGGCACCGGAGAAGCAGCCCCUCCGCGACGAAUGCACCCUCGUUGCUGCGACAUUCCUUCUUCCAUCAGCGCCUUACGAGCUGAUGCUUCCCUCCCUCCUGCUCUCGACCAUUCUUCGGGACGUGGCACUCAACACUCACCCGGACGUAUUCCUGCCCGCGUACGAAUACGCGUACGACGCGCUCCUCACGAGCUCGCUCCCUCGUUUCCUCGAGAUCGCCCAGCAGAACAUGAAUUGGGAGAAGAAGCUCUACUGGUGGUUGUACGGGAUCAUGACGAGCUGCGUUGGCUGGGCCAUUGUCAUCGGAUGCUUGUUCAUCAGUUAUGAUUCUCACACGACGCAGGGGAGGCUGCGGGCAUGGAGGCUGUUAGGUGUGCCGUUCUUGUCGCUGGGAGCCAUGCAAAUGUAUGCUGCGUAUCGAGGGUGAGUAGUGAGUAC